GUAUUUACACAUCACUACACAGGCAACGUCAUACGUCAAAAUUCUUAAUUGUCAACACGAAACACGUCAACGCAUUGUAAAAUUGCGUGUUUUGUUCACAAAUAUUCGAAAAUUAAAUAUAAUUUGACAUAAAAAUGGUUCACACAACAAUGGAGGGAUCUCUUUUUGAGCCGACCCUAUACAUAGUGAAAGGCAUGUGUAUCCUGGACAACGAUGGCAACAGGAUCCUCGCCAAGUAUUAUGACAAAGACAUUAUGCCGACAGCCAAGGAGCAGAAGGCAUUUGAGAAGAAUUUGUUCAACAAGACACACAGAGCAAACGCGGAGAUCAUAAUGCUGGAAGGUCUGACCUGUGUGUACAAGAGCAAUGUGGAUCUAUUCUUCUAUGUAAUGGGCAGCUCACAUGAGAAUGAGCUAAUCCUCCAAUCAGUAUUGAACACCCUGUACGAGUCAGUCAGUAUUCUACUGAGGAGGAACGUCGAGAGGAGAGUGCUGCUGGACAACCUGGACGCUGUGAUGCUGGCCUUCGAUGAGAUCUGUGAUGGCGGAGUGAUUCUGGACACCGACCCAACAUCGAUAGUAGGACGCGCAGCACUACGGACCGAAGAUGUGCCGCUAGGCGAGCAAACCGUUGCACAGGUGUUACAAUCGGCGAAGGAGCAAUUAAAAUGGUCGCUAUUGAAAUAAAUUAUGUACCUAUAUGUAUAACUUUCAUAUAAUUAUAUGAAUUAAUUAAUAAUUAUAAUAUAAUAAUUACUAUUAUGUACUAAA